UGGGUUAAAGUUGUCAAGCAGCUGAGUUUGAGCAGAGCCACGCGUUCACACGCCGCAACUGCAAAUGUUUGCCACUGCGCAUGCUCGUGAUAACACAUCUGACUGGUCCAUAUCAAUCGAUCAGCGAGAGGAAGAUGGCGCUGAACCAAGUCAACAGCACACGAUCGAACACCGAAAAACUCGAUCGGGUCCAUUACUAAGAUCCACUUUUCCGCGCACAAGCCGGGCCACAGGUUUUAGGACGCAUCAAAGGAGUGAGCCUAAGCACGCGAUUCCAGGGAGUCUGUGUCAGCCUCUGGGUCACCCAAAACGCCUGAAAGGACAAUGGAGUUCCCGUGGCACAGUGGGAAGGUUCUGGAGCAGUUCAACAACCAGCGCAAGCAGGGUUUGUUGUGUGACUGCACAUUUGUCGUGGAUGGAGUGGACUUCAAGGCGCACAAAUGUGUGCUGGCAGCCUGCAGUGUCUACUUCCGCACCCUCUUCCUGGAACAGAAGGACGUGGUACAUCUGGACAUCAGCAAUGCUGCAGGUUUGUCCCAGGUCCUGGAAUUCAUGUACACAGCCAAGCUGAGUUUGACUCCUGACAACUUUGAGGAUGUAAUGGCUGUUGCCAAUUUCCUGCAAAUGCAAGAGAUUGUAAACGCUUGCGCCAUGUACCAGUCAGUGACCGAUCCAGCUCCAUCCCAUAUUACGAUGGACGUUGAUGAAGGAGAGAAAUUAGAUGAAGACCAACCAAGAGAGGGCGAUGACAGUUACCUGGCUGAAACAGCAAUGCAGGCAGAGCAGAGUUCUUCCACGACCACCACAGAAGAUAAGAACAAUGAGCUUACAGAAGGCCAGGAGCAAACAAGCCACCCUCCCAUGAAUGCACAGACAACAGAAGUUUCAGAGCUGAAACCCGCCAAAAGCUGCCCAGUUCGUGCGCAGCCUACCAAAAGUAGUGCUACACAAAAGGGAGCGUCUGUGAAGAACGAGAAAGAGGAUGGUCUCGCUGCACAAGACGCCACAUCCACUUUUCAGGACGACCCCUCUGACGUGGACUACACACCACAUGCUCCCAUCAAAUCUGUCACCACACCCAUUUUUACCAAUUCUCGUGGUAGGCAAAUUAGGAAACCUCGACGAAACUUCCCACAUGGAAACGACACAGAUGAUGAAGGCCUAAAAAACGAACCCCAGAAGAAUGCGACAAAGCCAGGCCAUAAAGAUGACUGUGCGGAAGUUGAUGAAGACAGUGCCCCUGAGGUACAAUUUGACACAAGUCCGCCAAAAGGAGACGCAAGCCACGACACAGUUGAGAGAGCAGUCCUCUCCGCUGCCAUGAGCAGCCGAUCCGAGUCAAAGCCUUACAGCUCCAUGACGCACAAAUGUGAGGACUGUGGGAAGAAAUUCACGCAUACUGGCAAUUUCAAGAGACAUAUGCGCAUUCACACGGGGGAGAAACCCUUCGCCUGUCGAGACUGCAACAAGGCUUUUUCUGACGCAGCAGCUUGUAAAGCUCACGAGAAAACACACAGUCCCCUAAAGCCAUUUAGUUGCUCAAUCUGUGGAAAGAGCUACCGUCAGAUCAGCCUGCUCAACCUGCACCGCAAGCGGCACACCGGCGAGGCGCGCUACAGUUGUGAGGAAUGUGAGAAGCUCUUCACCACAUCAGGAAAUUUGAAGCGGCACCGCUUGGUGCACAGUGGUUUAAAGCCGUACCACUGUGAAUACUGCGACAAGGCUUUCUCAGACCCCACCGCCAAGAUGCGACACUUAGAGACGCAUGACGCCAACAAGGGCAACAAGUGCCCGCACUGUGACAAAUGCUUCAAUCAGCCCGGAAAUCUGAAGGCGCACUUAAAAAUCCAUAUCGCGGAUGGGCCCCUGAAGUGCAGAGAAUGCGGCAAACAAUUCACCACCUCGGGAAAUCUGAAGCGUCAUUCCCGGGUCCACAGUGGUGAGAAACCAUACGUCUGUACCCACUGCCAAAGAGCGUUCAGUGAUCCUGGAGCUCUGCAGCGGCAUGAGCGCAUCCACACAGGAGAGAAACCCUGUGUGUGUCCCACUUGUGGCAAAGCCUUUACCCAGGCCAGCUCCCUCAUCGCGCACGUCCGCCAACACACAGGAGAGAAACCCUACGUCUGUGAUCGUUGUGGGAAAAGGUUUGUGCAGUCCAGUCAACUGGCCAAUCACAUUCGCCACCACGACAACGUCCGCCCUCACCGGUGUCAAAUGUGUGACAAGUCAUUUGUCAACGUGGGCGACCUUUCCAAGCAUGUCAUCGUUCACACAGGAGAGAAGCCCUUCCUGUGUGACAAAUGCGGCAGAGGCUUUAACCGCGUAGACAAUCUGCGCUCUCACAUCAAGACUGUCCACCGCGGCAAGGCUGGCAUAAAGCGGCGGCGGCCCGGCGCCGGCAACGGCGCAGACGAGGAGAUUGACGGAUGUGUUGAUGCAUCCACCUUAGACGGCGAGAUAAACAUUGUAACUGUCUCUGAGGACAUUGUUACCCUGGCAACGGAAGCCCUGGCGGCCAGUGCUGUUACUCAGCUAACAGUAUUACCAGUGGAUGCAUCCGUGUGUGCUGAUGCGACCGAAGCGUUGAAAGCAGAAAUUACCAAGGCAGUCGAGAAAGUGCAGGAAGCAGACCCCAACACGCAGAUACUAUACGCCUGCGAUUCAUGUGGGGAUAAAUUCCUGGAUGCUAGUUCGCUAGCUCAGCAUGUACGCAUUCACACAGCCCAGGCCUUGGUCAUGUUUCAAGCAGACUCUGACUUCUACCAGUACACCGCAGUCACCACUGCCGAGGGGGAUGCCACUGCAACUUGGCAACCCGCAUCCGAACAAGUGGUCCAGGAAGGGGAGCUCAUAUUAGAUGGGGAGGCAAAUGCGGAAGACGGGGUGACUGGGGAGCCACAAGGGGAAGAAGGGUUGCUGGAUGGAAAGACGGUGGAGGAUGGACAGCUCGAAAUGCUGGAUGAACUCCAGACUGAUCGAAAAGUUGAAGGAGAGCUCAUUGUGUGUGAGGUUCAAGUGUAGUAAUGCUCACUGUCAAGGGUUCCGAUUAAAGCUGUGUUAGCGCUGCAAAAGAUGCUUUUCGCCACCCUCCACUGGAUGCAACAAAGGUAGCGGUUGAGUCAGCGUUAGUAAUGUACAUCAUUCCAUCACUAUGCUUUCCAUAAUCUGUUUAUUUUUGAAUUUCGGAAUAGUGCAUUGUCGAUUGUGGGGUAAGAACAAGAAACGUAUACAGUAUACGGGAUUGUUUGGUACUCAUUUUGAAUACAUUUCCCUUAAAGAACAAUAUAUUUUAUAAAUUAAAUAUUUUCCUAGAAAGAUUUUUUUAGUACAGUAUAUUUAUUUUGUCUUCCAAGUUUUGUGUGGAGGGUACUUUCACGUUUUACGCUUUAGGGCAGUUUAAAUUAUAGUGCAGUAAAAUUGUGAAGUUUUCAUCGUCAAAGUCAGUAAUGCUACUGCACCAGAGGUGGGUCAAUUAAAAAACAAAAAGAGAGAUACCCACUGUGUUGCUAUUAUUCUCAUCUUUGAAUACACUGAAGUAUUGAAGUCUGGAUGAAGUGGGCACUUUGUGAUGCAUCCAGUUUAAAGAACAGUCGCCACGUUGCUCUUGCCGUUUAUGUUGUGGAGUUCCCGCUUUAAAUGUAAAAUGGUGGUCAUACAUAUCAUGUAAUCCUCAAAAGUUGAAUUAAAAACUAUUUGUGAAUGGCGA